CACUGUACUGCUCUGUUCCCUAAAAGCUACACGCCCCUUAGCAUUUUUCCAGAAGAAGCUGCAGCUCAGGCAGGACGCUCGGUCAUAGGUCUGUUUGCUGGGACGUUGCUGUGGUGAGGACUGACCAGUCGUGCCCAGGUGGAGGCUUUUCCUCCGAUUGGAGUUUCGUGUCUUGGUGAAGGGAUUUGCGUAUGAGUGUGCAUAUCACAAUAUCUUUCAGAGAUGUACCGACAGACUCUGGUGACACUUGCAGUGUUAUUCUACUCAUCUCUUCUGGUGAAUGGAGGCAAAGUUUUGGUGUUCCCUGUGGAUGGAAGCCACUGGGUCAACAUGAAAGUGAUCAUUGAAGAGCUUCAUGCCAGAGGUCAUGAAGUCACAGUACUGCGACCAUCAGACAGCUGGUACAUCAAGCCUGACUCUCCAAAUUACAAAGCCAUCACUCUUAAUUCUCCUUCUGGCUUUGACAGUAAAGGUUUUGGGUCAUUUGUAACAAGAACCCUAAAUAUGCAACGCCAAGGUGCUUCCAUUUGGACUCGGAUCUCUCUAGAGUUAGACAUGUUGAAUAAUUUUAAUGAGAUGAAUAAGUUGGUACUCCAAAUGGUUGAGCAGAUUUUUGAAGAUUCUAAACUGAUGCAGAGCCUACAUGAAGCCAAAUACGACUUAGUCCUUACAGACCCGGCAAUUGGUGGGGGUGUGCUUCUUGGUCAUCGUCUGGGUCUUCCACUUGUGUUUAAUGUCAGAUGGACAAUUCAAGGCGAGGGUCAUCAAGCAAUCACCCCUUCCCCCCUUUCAUAUGUCCCCAUACCAGGGUCAGAGCUGACUGAUAAAAUGACCUUUACUCAGCGUAUUAAAAACAUCCUCUAUUAUAUCUUUACAUGCUUGCAAAUAUGGUACAUUACAGAACCAAACUACAAGCCAUUUGUCCAUCGCCACUUUGGCAGUAACAUACAUUACAUGGAGCUGUUUCAGGCAGCAGACAUCUGGCUGAUGAGAAAUGAUUUUACUUUAGAGUUUCCACGUCCUACAAUGCCAAAUAUUGUUUACAUGUCAGGAUUUCAGUGCAAACCCUCCAAUCCUUUGCCUAAAGAUCUAGAAGAUUUUGUUGAGAGUUCUGGUAAGCAUGGGGUCAUUGUGAUGACACUUGGGACCUUGGUGGAAAAACUUCCUGAUGACAUCACUGAGGACAUUGCUGCUGCUUUUGCUGAACUUCCUCAAAAGGUGAUCUGGAGGCACAAAGGCCAGAGGCCAUCCAACCUUGGCAACAACACAUUAGUCUUGGACUGGUUGCCCCAAAACGAUCUAUUGGGUCAUCCUAAGACUAGAGUGUUUGUAGCCCAUGGCGGAACCAAUGGAAUACAAGAGGCUAUCUACCAUGGCGUUCCUCUAGUUGGCCUGCCUCUUAUGUUCGAUCAGCACGACAACUUCUUCAGGAUGCAAGCAAGAGGAGUGGCCAAAGUUUUGGACUUUGGAACACUGAAUAAAAACACAUUCCUUGAGGGUUUGGAGGAAGUUCUCUACACACCAUCCUACAAGGAGAAUAUGAAGAAACUGUCCAGUCUGCACAGAGAUCAGCCAAUGAAACCAUUGGACCGUGCUGUGUUCUGGAUCGAGUUUGUCAUGAGGCACAAAGGAGCUGCACAUCUGAAAACAGAUUCUUGCAAGAUGUCCAUAAUACAGUACUACUCAAUUGAUGUGGCAGCCUUUCUGUUUGCAACUGUUCUACUGGUUUUCAUUGUUUGCUUUUCUGCUGUAAAGUUUCUCUGCAAGCAAAUAUGUGACAGAAGUAAAGUAAAACAGGAAUGACAAAUAUCUUAACCAGAGAUGACCAAUAACUGGGCUGAAUUAUUAGUUCAGUGUGAAAAUUAAAUGUGUAAUAUUUUCUUAUUAAUUCCAUCCGACUCUAUUGUUUAGUUUUUAUUGACAAAAAAAAAAAAAAAAAAACUAUGGACACAUCACAACAAUCAACAAAUAUGUACUGUUAAAUUAUGUCAGCUGCUGGUUGACUUUGCAAAAUCAAAAUUUGUACAGGUUUAAGGUGUUUGAACAAAAACGAACACAAUUUACAUGCAUUCUUACUUAGAAAACGUAUUACAAAUUUAAACUAAUUGAUACAGCUUUAAUGCAUACAAUCUGUACUUAGAUAUUUAAACAUUGAUGGUCUUUGAGGUUAUUAAACCUAAAAAAAGCCUUAAGACUGAAUGGGUACAAAUCCAAGGAAUCAACAUCCAACCAGAAUGUAAUCCCCCUUUAUUUGUCAUUUGAAAUGCAAAUCAUUUGUGAUUUAAACUUCUCUGCUAUACAUGACGUAGGAGGAUAAUUUUUAUGUACAAUGACACAGGCUAUAUUAUCUCUACACUUAAACCCUAAAACUGAAGUUAUAUAAUAAUAAUUUUAAGACUGACAUUUUAAAAAUAAUUAAAUGUAUGUGAAACUUCUAAUAUUCCUCAUAUUUAGGAGACAUUCACAAUGUCAAAGCACACAUAAAGCUAAAGGAAGAGAAGAAUGGAUGUUGAAGUAUUUGGUUUUGUACCAGAAAUAUUUUAUCAAAUAAGUCACAAGACUAACCACUCAGUUUGCACAAAUUUCUAAUGGUUCGAACCUGUUUGACGAGGCAAUAAUGAAAUGAUGCACUGUACAAUGUUCCCUCUAACCUUGUGUCUUGAAAACACACAUUUAUGUGAACAUGUGAAACUCAGGAAAAGGAGGAAAAAAGAAUGAAAUAAAGCACAGUUCCCAGCCAACCGCAA